AUGGAGAAUUUUCGUCGUGACUGUUUAAACAAUUGGAGUUCAAUCGUGGACGUGGCCGUCUGCAAGCAAUAUACAUUAACUUCGUCCCAAGACACAAUCUCGAAAACUGGAACAGCGCGACUGAUGAUCGAACAAUCUCUGUUCAAGUCCGAAGCUCUGUCUCUGCGCAACACGAUACAACUGAGAGGUGAAGGAGACACCAGAGAUGGCACACAGAGCACAGCCGUAUCAGCCCCGACUGCUGUACUCACGGCUAAUAAUCUGGAGCUGCGUUAUGGAGCAUGA